UGAUGAACCUCAGGUUUAUUUGAUUUUAUCCAAUCAUACACCCCAAGAUUGAGAUUUUUAACCAAUCCAAUGGCGCAAUAAUCAACUCUCUAUCCAACUCUGUGCGCAGUUCACACAGUCAUGGACGAUGGUGUGCAGUGGUGGCGGGAGACGAUCUACCCGCAACCGAGCGUCUCCAGGGAUGCUUUAGUCGUGGCUCUCUUCCAAUGUCCCGCUAUCAUGCUGCCUCAGAUGUCCAUGAAGGAGGCCAGUGUGUACUUGGACGUGUGCCUCGAACGCAAGUCCGACGUUGUGUUCCGCGACUGGGAGCGGUUCUUGAUCCGAUUUGGUCCGUUUGACAAAUGUGUGCUCAAGGCCGUGCAAUGCUUUCAGGACAAACUUGGCAUCGCGCCGUGGUUCCAUGGCGUGAUCUCCAGAGCCCAAGCCGAGGCCGUGACCACGUCCUCGGACGAUGGGGCGUUCCUCGUGCGGUUCAGUGAAACCCAGCCGGAUAAGUUUACGCUCACGUACAUGAAAGUGCACACGGAUCCCAUAUAUAAUGGUCGGAAGGAGAUCAAAAACGUGCUGAUUGUGCACAAUCCACGGGAAGGCUACGGGCUCCAAGACGGCGGCAACGGCGUGAAGUAUCCAUCCAUUGCGUCGUUUAUUGAAGGCAGCAGCGUACGCCUUCGAACUCCUAUCAUUUCCCGGCUGUCGAUUGAAUGCAAUGCCACGUUGAAGUCCAUUCAGGCAUCCUCUUCGUCCAUGUUUGGAUCAACUCAAUCGACUUAUGCCAACAACGAAUAUGGCAACUUGAGCACGAACGACCUCAUUGAGGUGGUGGCCCCACCUACGCUCGUAACCACGGGUCCGGGGAGCACUGACUAUGGCAAUCUCCCGCUCGCAGGCGGUAAACACAGCCGAAAGGCCGCCCCACCGCCGCCAUCCAACGAGUACUCGACGCUAAUGCGUGGAGAUCUGCAUCCUUCGCGAACGUCCAAUCCUGCCGACCAAUCGACCUCUACACAUGGCGGCAACAGCUUUCAUCUAGUCAACUCGAUGGCGCGCUCGGGAGUUCCUCCUCCUCCGCUGACUGUCGACGCCAAUCGGUCCAUUUCUCAACACUCGCUGCCAUCUUUUUUGUUGUCCUCGCAUCCACAUGCGUCGUCGGCGUACGGACGAUUCGUUCAGGGCAAUGGGGUGACACAUCACAGCGACUACGGCCAACUGGGGCCUACGAAUACACACAUGGGGCAGCCCUCCAACGAUUACGGCGAUGUCGGACAACCAAGUGCCAUGAAGGUGUUGCCUUCGACUACCGACGCGUACGGCCGGUUUGGUCCCACCACCACCACAUUAGGGAGUUUCUCGUCGUCUGCAUCGUCGCUUGAGCCUCCCCCCACGUCGCAACAAGCAGGUUCGUCGCAUGGUGACUACGGCGCCGCCACCUCCACCCCCCCCCACCUCCCCCCGUUCACCGCUUCCGUCAAUGACUACGGCCUACUUGGCUUUCAGGUAAACAAUGCCUACGGUCGCUUUGGCGCGUCGUCCGAGCCGCCCCGUCAGCUCCCCCCCUCGUCCAAGUAUGGGCACUUUACAAUGGACACAUGCGGUCGGCGGGCUGGCCACGGGCCAGUUGAACCGGACGCACGCGCCCUUCCCGAGCCCCAAGUCGUACGGCGUCACAGCGACAACACGCCUUCCAGCGCCUACGGCACGUUUGCAAGUGGCAGUUUGGCCCGCAGCACCAGCGAAUACGGCCACUUUGGCCAUGCUUCCGCGACGCUGUCGCACAUUCCACCAUCAUCCACCAGUUUGAAUGUUGACACCAAUGGUGGUCGACAGAACCCCCUGGGACCAGCCAACUCUCUACCCCCGCUUCUUCAUGGAAAAACCGACGCCGUGGCCCAGAUUGAGACCGGUAUGAGUCUGUACAAAGAACGCAAGCUGGACGACGCGAUCGGUUACUUCUUACGGGCCGAAUACUGCGCCAAAGAAGCUGGGGAGAAGACAGUCGAAGCGCGGGCGCUGGGCAACCUUGGCACGGUAUAUUUAGAUAAGAAAUUGCCCAAGGAUGCCGUGCGGUACUACGUCAAGUGCUUGGCGUUAACCCGGAACGUCGAGGAUAAGAAGCGAGAACGCAUCAUCUUGAACAACUUAGUGCUUGCCAGCAUCGCGUCGGGUGACACCACGUCGGCGCUGCAGUACUCGACGGAGCUCCUGACGAUCACUGCCGUGGCCGCGAAUCGGCUCAAGAUUGAAUCUCGCAUUCGAACCCUUCAGGACGAAUUGAGGAGAGCUGGGUCAGCUUGCAUUUAAUUUGGAUUUUGAUCUUGUCGCAAAAAAUAAUAUCACGGCAAAAUCUGAUUGCAG